CAGUGAUAUACUACAGCAGCCUCGACAAAGAAUAUCUCUCCGAGAGCGAGGCGAGAAGUCCUAAUAUAAAAUUUCCCGCGAAGAGGAGACCCUGGAUCGCCGGCGCAAUAGCAAUAACAAAGCAGUACUAAUGCCGGAGCAGAGGGGAGACCGGAGACGGCUGGUGAGCUGACCCAGCGACUGAGAAAGAGAGAAGGGUGGAGACCGGGAAGGAUGAUGGGGCAGCACCGGAAUCAGGAGCAGGACCGGCGGCGGACGCUGCUGCUGGUGAGCCUGGCGUCCAUCAUGGAGCGCGCCGACGAGGCUCUGCUGCCGGCGGUGUACCGCGAGGUCGGCGCCGCGCUGCACGCCGACCCCACGUGGCUCGGCGCCCUCACGCUGUGCCGCUCCAUCGUGCAGGCAGCGUGCUACCCGCUCGCUGCGUACGCCGCCGCGCGCCACAACCGCGCGCACGUCAUCGCCGUCGGGGCCUUCCUCUGGGCCGCCGCUACCUUCCUCGUCGGCGUCUCCGAAACCUUCCUCCAGGUAGCAAUCUCACGGGGACUGAAUGGCAUCGGCCUUGCUCUGGUGGUACCAUCGAUCCAGUCACUGGUAGCCGACUCCACCGACGACGGCACGCGCGGCUCGGCUUUCGGCUGGCUACAGCUUGCCAGCAGCCUGGGGCUCAUCUCCGGCGGCUUCGUCGGCCUGCUUCUGGCGCAGACCACAGUCCUCGGGAUCGCCGGCUGGCGCAUCGCCUUCCACCUCGUGGCGGUCAUCAGCGUUGCCGUAGGGGCCCUGAACUGGUUCUUCGCCGUGGACCCACAUUUCACGACGAGCGACCCCGCCGCCGGCAACGGGCAGUCCGCACGGCGGGUGGUGGAGGAGAUGAUCGCGGAGGCCAAGUUCGUGGUGCGGAUCCCGACUUUCCAGAUCUUCGUGGCGCAGGGCGUCAGCGGCUCGUUCCCGUGGUCGGCGCUCUCCUUCGCGUCCAUGUGGCUGGAACUCAUUGGGUUCAGCCACCGGGGCACCGCCGUGCUCAUGACCAUCUUCUGGGUCGCGAGUUCUCUCGGCGGACUUCUCGGGGGAAAGAUGGGCGACCUCCUCGCCCUGCGGUACCCGGACGCCGGGAGGAUCGUCUUGUCGCAGAUCAGCGCAGGCUCCGCCGUGCCCAUAGCCGCCGUGUUGCUCCUUGGGCUCCCCGACGAUCCGACAACCGGUGUCCUUCACGGCGUCGUCUUGUUCGUCAUGGGCGUGUUCAUCUCCUGGAACGGCCCAGCUACAAACUUCCCAAUUUUUGCGGAGAUCGUGCCGGAGAAAUCAAGGACAAGCAUCUACGCACUGGACAGGUCCUUCGAGUCGGUGCUGUCGUCGUUCGCGCCUCCGAUCGUGGGCAUCCUGGCGCAGCGCGUGUACGGAUAUAGGCCGGACGACAAGGGGAGGAGCGUCCGGCUGGACCGGGAAAACGCUGCGUCGCUGGCCAAGGCACUGUACACGGCCAUCGCAAUUCCCUUCACCGUCUGCACCGCAAUUUAUUCCUUCCUGUACUGCAGCUAUCCCCGGGACAGGGACCGCGCGCGGAUGCAGUCGCUGGUGGAAUCGGAGCUGCAUCAGAUGGAGCACGAGAGUUCUCGCUUUGAAGAUGGGGAUUGCAAUGGCGACGGAGAUGGCGUAGAUAGACUGGAGGAGUCGUCGCCUGAGGCCGAGAAGGAUACCGUGAAACUAUUGUCAGAUGUUUAGCGACUAGAUGCAUGUUCUGAAUUCUACAGCGCUGUUGGAAUAGAUUAUUUUUUCUUCCAUUUUACGGGAAGGUUGCGCCUCAGUCAUCAUAGAAAUUUUUAGUCAUGGUUAAUGCUCUGGAAGACUCGAACUACCGAAAUUUCAGUCAUCUCUUUAUACUGAAAAGAAACCGGAAUAAGUUCAACAGA